AUGUCGACGAUAACCGAGAUCGAGACCGACGAACAGUGGCAGCAGGUGCUCAGCUCUGCCCCUCCGUCAACGCUCGUCAUCGCCUCUUUCCACGCUCCCUGGGCGGCACCAUGUGCUCAGAUGGCGACUGUCCUGUCGACACUGGCAUCCGAAUAUCCCGUCACCGAGCCUCCCAGCACGAAGUGGGUGUCCAUCAAUGCCGAAGAACUUAGCGAUAUCAGCGAGACCUACGAUGUGACGGCAGUUCCCUUCCUUGUUCUGCUACGAAACGGCGAGGUCGUCGAGACCGUCAGCGGCAGCAGCGCCGUCAAGGUCCGAACGGCCAUCGAGAAGCACGCAAAGAAGGACUCGGCUGCGGCAAAGGAUGCCGGCGCAACCAAUGGUGUCUCGAAGCCUACAGAGGCCGCUGAGGUUGACCCGGCCAAGGCAAAGGAGGAACUGUUCAAGCGCCUCGGCGAUCUGGUCAAGGCUGCUCCCGUCAUGCUCUUCAUGAAGGGCACUCCUAGCGCUCCUCAGUGUGGCUUCUCCCGACAGUUGGUUGGGCUUUUGCGAGAUAACUCUGUCAAAUACGGAUUUUUCAACAUCCUCGCCGACGACGACGUCAGACAGGGCCUCAAGGAAUAUGCUGAGUGGCCAACUUUCCCACAGCUGUGGAUUGAUGGCGAGCUUGUAGGCGGUUUGGAUAUUGUCAAGGAAGAGCUUAGCAGCGAUACCGACUUUUUCAAGCCAUACAGCGUCGCUGUCGAAGCUACGUCAUAA